UCUAAGAAUGCUUUAAAUAAAUGUAUUAAAUGGAAUUAUAUAUUUUUCAUUUGAAUUAGUGCAUUUGUCAUGGAAUUUUUUGCCUCCUGUUUAAUUAUUAUUUCUCUGUAAUAGUUUGUCCUUCCAGUUUCCAAUAUGGUAGGGGAUGUGGGAUGUAGGCAAGGUGGCUUAUACAUAAUUUUGUGGCAGUGAAUAGGGAACUGAAAUCUUAGCUCCUGAAACCUAGCUCAGUCUUGUCUAUGCAUUAGCCUCUGCUGUAACUGAAUCUAUUUUUAAAGAAAUGAACUGCACUUAGAUUUGAGUACUGAAUAUAUUUACUGCUGCUGACUGCCGGACUUGCUAUUUCUUCCUAUCUGGAAUUGCAGUCUUUCCAUCUUUUUUCCCCCUCUCCAGUUGGGAUAGACUCUACAUCACAUGUACCUUUAAUUGCUCAAGGAAAACUGGUACAUUUGAGUUAGAAUGCAGAGGUCUUGCUGACAGAUGACGGCACAUGGGAUGGAACAGCCAAUACAAGGGUAGCAAUAAGUGGAUGUAAUACAGAGAUACUUAGGGAACAAACCUGUAACAUGAUACUUGUUUGGAAGAUGAAUAAGAUGAUUGUGUGUAAGAGGAUAUGAUUAAGAUAAUUUCAAGGCUUCUAGAUUGAGAAACUGUGUUAUACUAUCAUUUGCUAAAUUGGAAAACAUUAUAGGAGAAACAGAUUUGAACAUGCUGAGUUGGAUGAGCAUGGGAUUUCUAACAUGGCAGACAUUGGGUAACUAAUUCCAAAGCUAAGGAGAGAGGAUUGUCUUCAAAAUUAAAAAAUUCAGAAUCUUCAACAUAGGAGUCACAAAGUCAUGGCAUUUGGGGUUAUCAGCCAGGUGGACCUAGAAAGCAGCAGACAUAUAUAGAGCACUACAGAAUGCUAACUACUUAAGACCAGGUAGAAAGAAAAAUGAGUGAAUACUGAAGUUGGAGAAAAGAUUUGUAUAUCAUGUCACAAACAGAAGAGUUUUGGAAGAAAGGCCCAGCUGUUUCAAUUAAGUCUCACAAGAAUGAGUCAUUGUAUAGAUUAGACAGGGGCAUGAAUGCUAUGGCAUAACUCUACCGGGAGACUGGGCUCCCUCUGCUGGGAUGUCUUCUGUGAAGGUUCAGAGCAGGGUUCCAUUCUUUCCUUGAGACCAAUGUGACAAAGAGACAAUACCUCUGUCUUAUUGGAGAAUACCUUUUCUUGGAAACUUUCCCAACCUGGUAAUAUCUGAAGGCAGAGUAAACCACUUAAACCUUAGAUUCUAGGGAAGAAUAUUCUUUGUCUCCUCUUUAUGUUGGUGAACUUUGCUACAAUAUUGAUGAGAAUGAGGGCAGAUACUCCACUGCAGAGAAAGAGCAAAAAAGAAAAGAGACUGAAUGGUCUAUUUUGGUGUUGGACAUUGGGCUUGCCUUUGUUUAGCCCCUGGGGACCCUACAGUUAUUAUUCCAGUUCACUAGGGUGGGAACUUCACAUUGAACUUUGUUGCAAAUUUCUAACUAGUCAUUGUUUCUCUGCCUAAUAGUGUUUUGUGUACAUAUUUUCCUAGAAACCUUCCUGGGUUCCUGUAAGUAGGCAGGACUAAAAUUGUAUGACUGGAGUUAUGUGACUUGUGUCUCUGUGAAAAAAUUAUUUUGAUCCCACUUAUAUUAUGACUUAAAAUUGUAACUGAAAGUUUGGCAAGUAUUUUUAGUCAAGAGAAGAGGCAAAGGAUAGCUUAUCCCUUUUCAGAGCUGAAAGUGAGGGGAUAAUAUUGAAGAAGACUCAGAGGUGGAUGUCUGUAGAUCAUCGUAACAAUCAGCCACAAAAUUUUUAUUUUCAGUCUAUGAGACACAUCCAGUCCAAGACCAUAAUGACCACAUUCAACUUGAGCAGCUUCAAUUCAGGCCCUUUCAUCCUACUGGGAAUCCCAGGGCUGGAGGAGUUCCAUGUCUGGAUCGGGAUUCCUUUUUUCAUUAUCUACCUUGUGGCCCUUGCAGGCAACAGCGUCCUUCUCUACCUUAUUUCCAUGGAACUCAGCCUUCAUCAGCCCAUGUUCUUUUUCCUCUCCAUGCUGGCUGCUACAGAUCUCAUCCUAUCUAAUACAUGUGUACCCAAAACAUUCAGCAUCUUCUGGCUAGGUCCUCAGGAAAUCACCUUUUCUGGAUGCCUUACUCAAAUGUUCUUUCUCCACUAUAGCUUUGCCAUGGAUUCUGCCAUCCUGUUAGCCAUGGCAUUUGAUCGCUAUGUUGCUGUUUGCUUCCCCCUAAGAUAUACCACUAUUCUUACCCGUCAGAUUAUUACUAAAAUUGUAAUGGCUAUUGUUAGCAGGAGCUUUUGCAUCAUCUUCCCAUGUGUGUUCCUAUUAAAACGACUACCUUUCUGCCGAACACUCAUCAUCCCCCACACGUACUGUGAGCACAUAGGCAUAGCCCAGCUUGCCUGUGCGGACAUCUCCAUCAACAUCUGGUAUGGCUUUGCUGUGCCUGUAAUGACUAUUACAUCAGACCUGAUCCUCAUUGGCAUCUCCUACACUCUCAUCCUUCGUGCCAUCUUUAAUCUUCCAUCCCGAGAUGCCCGCCAGAAAGCCCUCAACACGUGUGGUUCCCAUGUUUGUGUCAUUCUUAUAUUCUACACACCAGCAAUGUUCUCUGUCCUCACCCACCGUUUUGGUCACAAUAUUCCUCACUCCUUCCACAUACUGACUGCCAACCUCUACGUGGCCAUCCCUCCUGCACUCAAUCCAAUCAUCUAUGGGGUGAAGACCAAGCAGAUUCGGGAAAAAAUCAUCCUACCCUUCUUCCCUAAAGGGAACUAUUGACAUGAGACUGAGAGCUUGGGAAAGGAAACAGGUAACCAUAUUUAUUUUGGAAUGCAUUUUAUUUUUUUACAGCUAAAAUAUCUACAAUGGUGAUUUAAAUACAUAUGAAAUCUUAAAAGUCUUCCAUGUGUUAUAGGAAUCAAUAAGACAAAGUAAGGAGGUAGAUAUCAAGAAAGACAAAAAAAGUUGAAGAAGAUAUGUCUUCCUGAGACAAUAGAUCAGAGGGUAAUUUCUGUCUUAUUUUGAGAUAGAUUUCCAAGACUUAUGGGAUAAGAUACUGAUCAUAUAUAAUGUGGAUAGAUAUUAUUCUUAAUAAAAAGGUUAAAAGAGAUGACUAAGGGUCUAAUAAUUUAAGAUACCUCUGUUGGAUAUUUUCCAGAUGACAGUUGGCAAAGCUAACAGCAAAUGAUUACCUUCCUUUAAGAAUCACCAAGGAAAAUUAGUCAUCUACAAACAGGGUUCUCAAACAUUAGUGAGUAUCAGAAUCACCUAGGCAAUUUGGUAAAAAUGCGAAGUCCCAGGCUCUAUCCUACUUUAAUGGGACUCAGUGUUCUUUAACAGUUCUCUAAGUGAUUCUGAGACCUAAGAAAUCUUGGAUCCUUCCAAAUCAGAAAAGUCCUGCUCCUUUGAAAAACCCAUAGACUUGAUUCUUAUAGUAAUUUCCUGGCUUGGAAGUAACAUAGCUCUCUUUUAUACUCCCCAUAACUUCUUCUUGCUCAGGUAUUAUUGAUCCACUUUAAAAUUCCACAACUCUAAGUCUCAUAUCUUCAAAAAAUAUUAUCAAUUAUCUCUACUUAUUAUAGUCUUUUAAGGAGUUCACUUCUGGCACAAAGAAUUUUUGUGAUGAUUAUUGGUGAUCUUAAUGAACACAGAGAUGACCCAUUUAUAACUUGGUGUGAUAGGUUUAUUCUCUAAAGAUAGCCACAAUACUAUAUUCCAUCUCCCAUGCUUUUCUGCAGUGUGAACUUGCAAUUCCCACAUUAUAGUUGGAGUUUAAUUCUAUUUCUCUUGAAUUGGUGCUAAACAUAGGGAUUCCUUAAUCAACGGAAUUCAAGGUAAGUGAUAUUGUGAGGUUUCUGAGGUUAGGCCACAAAAAUCUUUGCAGUUUCCACCUGGGUCUCUUGAAAUGCUUUAUCUAGGUAUGCUCCUUCUUCAAGCUGAAACACUGAGCUACGAGUAUCCCAAGCAAAUGGAGAAGCCAUGUCUAAAUAUUCUGGUGCACAGCCCCAGUUGAGAUCCCAGCUGAGUCAGCAGCAACUACCAGUCAUGUUAGUAAGCCAUCUUAAACAUCCAGUCUAGUUGAGACUUUAGGUAUUUGUAGGCUCAACUAACAUCUCUCUAUAAUGUAUAAGAGACUCAAGAGAGAACUACUCAACUGAUUGAAGCCAAGUCAUAGAACCACAAGAAGUAAUAAUUUGCUGUUUUAAGCUAAUAAACUUGGGGAUGGUUAGUUAUGCAGCAAUAGAUAAAUGAUGCAGAAAUUGGUAACAGGAAGUGGGGUCUUUCUUGAUGUAGCAAAAACCUAAAACAUGUAGCAUUAGUUUUGGAACAGGCAGCACAUAGAAGCUGCAAGUGCCUUGAAGGAACUGUUAAUGGAGGCCUGAAAGACAGUGAGAGAAUUAUUAUUGGGGGCUGGAGAAAAAGGUAUAAGUGCUAUGCAGCUGUAGAGUUCAGAGAUACCAUAACUUAGAAAGUAGAAAAUAUACCUAAAUAACUGAUGUGUUUGGCCAAGGAUAUUUUUUAAGCAGAACACUGAAAAUAUCAACAUUAUUUUUAUGCCACAUAUUUUUAUGCCACAUAAGGUACAGAGAGAUAUAAGCUAAAAUGAAAUUAUUCAGUGUUCAAGCAUAACUUAGAGUAAAUACGAAGGAAUCAUGGCUGGCUGAAUUCAAAUAAAAAAGAAAUUUCCUUCCAGCCUCUCCAAAUUACAAAAGACUCUCAAAGGAAAAAAAAAUGUCCUUAGGGUGUAAUAUUAUCUCUAGGAUGAGACUAUAAAAUCUUUUGCUAAGAGUAAGAAAUACUUAAGGGUAUGUGUAAUUAAUCUUUUCAAUUAGGCAAAGAAUCUUCUAGGAAUCUCAAGGAUAUUUCCCCAGAGAAUCAUUAACUCUCAAGCAAAAUCAGACAGAGAGCAAUCUGGAAGAUAUUUGUGGGUAUGAUUUUUGUCUAAUGGAGUAAACCCUAAAAGAUUCACAGAGAACCAUAUUUUUUUUUAUUUUAAAGAGAGAGAGAGAGAGAGCACCAACAGGGGAGA